UUCAGGCAGAAGCAUGUCAUCACAUCAGCACAGCCUCAAAUCUCUUCAGGCUUGGCCAAUAAUUACACAUGUCUGCUUGCGCGUCCUGACAGGGAAGUGGAGGCUUGGUUGAAGCCUCUUCGUGAGCAGGUCGUCUCAGCGAGCCACUGUGGAAGCAUGAGCUUGAAAAGCGAUCACUUUCUGCAAAGUAGCCCUGCGAAUUUUUGUUUGUGUUUUCUUUAGAGAUGAACUCUUUCCUCAAUUUGUGUUUCCUUCUCGCACUUCUGCUGGGUGCUGGAGAAGGAGCUGGAAUCCUCAAGCUCCAGCACAGGUACUCUGGAUUGGAAGGAUCGAGCAAGCAGAAUGAGAAGCUCGGCCUUGGCAUGAGCAAGCACCACUUGCAACAUCUUGUGGAGCACAAUGACAGGCGUGGGAGAUUUCUCCAAGGGAUAAGCUUCCCUCUCAAAGGAAACUACUCUGAUCUUGGGCUCUACUACACUGAAAUAGGACUUGGAAAUCCAGUCCAGAAGCUUAAAGUCAUUGUUGAUACCGGGAGCGACAUACUCUGGGUAAAGUGCUCGCCAUGUCGCUCCUGUUUGUCAAAACAGGACAUAAUUCCUCCUUUGUCAAUCUACAAUCUCUCCGCGUCGUCAACUUCUUCCGUUUCAUCGUGCUCAGAUCCACUAUGCACUGGGGAGCAAGCAGUCUGUUCCCGUAGUGGAAGCAACAGCGCUUGUGCCUACGGCAUUUCAUACCAGGACAAGUCAACUUCGAUUGGUGCGUACGUGAAGGAUGACAUGCACUACGUCCUUCAAGGUGGAAAUGCUACGACUUCACACAUUUUCUUCGGGUGUGCAAUAAACAUUACUGGAAGCUGGCCUGCGGAUGGAAUCAUGGGAUUUGGCCAGAUUUCUAAGACUGUUCCCAACCAGAUUGCGACCCAGAGGAACAUGUCGAGAGUUUUCUCUCAUUGCUUAGGGGGUGAGAAACACGGUGGUGGCAUACUCGAGUUUGGCGAAGAACCAAAUACAACAGAGAUGGUUUUCACUCCCCUCUUAAACGUCACGACUCACUACAAUGUCGACUUGCUCAGCAUCUCGGUCAACUCAAAAGUUCUUCCAAUCGAUUCAAAAGAGUUUUCGUAUGUUAGUAACAGCACGAAUGAGACUGGUGUUAUCAUUGACAGUGGCACGAGUUUUGCACUUCUCGCGACUAAAGCAAACCGAAUUCUUUUCUCCGAGAUUAAGAACCUAACUACAGCAAAGCUGGGACCUAAGCUGGAAGGACUUCAAUGCUUCUACCUUAAAUCAGGAUUAACUGUGGAAACAUCAUUUCCAAAUGUGACGCUUACUUUCAGCGGAGGAUCAACAAUGAAACUAAAACCAGACAAUUAUCUGGUGAUGGUAGAGCUUAAAAAGAAGCGCAAUGGAUACUGCUACGCAUGGUCAUCAGCUGAUGGCCUGACAAUAUUUGGAGAGAUCGUUUUAAAGGAUAAGCUGGUGUUUUAUGACGUUGAGAACCGAAGAAUCGGCUGGAAAGGUCAAAACUGCUCGUCUUGAGAGUGGCCAAUUUUAUGAAAUAAUUUAAUAAAAGUUUUACAUCACAUGAUCUUAAAAUC